AUUCCGUCAGGUUACGACAUUCAGACCAUGACCUCUAACUUGCACCUGAACAGCUUCCUCCUGCCCAUCGGUGCCAUGAACGUCAUCAGCAUCCUACCUCUGCUGCUGCUGGCCCCUCUCAUGGAGUGUGUCACCUCCUGCUACCUGUCCAUGGAGAAAACACCUUUCUCCCCCGCCAGUCAUCAGUAAGCACACACACACAAACACACACACACACACACACACAGACACACACACACAGAGAGACACACACACACACAGAGAUACACACAGACACACACACAGACACGCAAGCAAGUAUGCACACACAUGCACAAAUACCAUCCUCAUUAAUGAGUCAGUCAAUGUUAAUGUCUCUCUCUCUCUGUUUCUCUCCCUCUCCCCUCCUCUCCUCUCUCAGUGCUGGGUCAUGCGUGUGCGGCCCUGUCUGUCCUGGUAGCGGGCCUGUCUGAGGUCCACAGAAAGGGCUAUCCUCUGACGGAGCAGGCCCUGUCAGGGAAGGUGCUCCAGGUGUCCUCCAUGGCCUGCUUCCAGCUGGCUCCACAGUACAUCCUACUGGGGCUGGCUGAGGCCCUCGUCACCCCCGCCUGGGAGUGACAGAGAGCCAGCACGUAUUUCUGACACACCUAUUGCUGCUACACUGUUCGUACACAGAGACAAAUUGGGUUGGAGAUUUACAAUGUCAAUGGACACCAUAUGUAGUUGGAAUGAAGUUAGAAUGUGGAGUGUUGGAACCAACUGCCAACAUGGAGGAUAGUAUUCUGAACUCUGGAAGCUAGGGUUAGGAUGCCCCCUACUGGUGUAUUACAGACAGACAAGAGACGUUUGAACCAAAUGAAUGCUUCUUUCUCUUCCCAGUCUUCCUCUCUUCUCUGUUCCAGGCUCUGUGAUCUCCUUCCACCUGACACCCAGUCAUAUCAGAGGCAUCUCCCUGCACUUCCUCCCCCUGUCCUACAGAGGGGGCUGUUUCCUGGGAGCCCUCAUCAUCCAGCUGGUCUACCUACUCUCUGGAGGUAAAGGCUUCACUAACAGAUGCAUCAUCGUAACCAUAGAAACUGAAGAGGAACAUACAUUAAUGUUGGAAUGAAUGGUUGAUGGGGGUCUGUCUGCAUUAUGGUGAUUCAGUCCUAUGGCCAUUGAUAGCACUGUUCUCCUGUCCAACUACAGGUAACUUCUACCCAAACACACUGCAUGAAGGGAAUCUGGAGCAUUGCUUCCUCUUCUUAGCCAUGUUGAUGACCAUAAAUACUCUG